AUGGUUCAUAUCGCGAAUGUCAAGGUCAGGCCUCGCAAGGUCACAACACCUGUUCCAUGUCGAAGCGAGCUAGUUGCCAUGCUUGGAUGUUGGGCUGCCACGGGUGACGUCCUUUCGACUGACCCCAACAGAUGCAAAAUGGUAGCCGAGACGUUGUUCCAAUGCAUGCGGACCGCGCCCGUGGCGGGUAAACCUCACAAACCCGCUAUCAAUUAUCACCUCAGUAAACUGAGCAAAAAAUCCAAAUAG